AUGGCUUGGGCCAGGGUCAUGUCCGGCCCAUACCGACGGCCCGCUAUCAGCCCAAAAACUAGCGAAACUCUCGUGUCUGGACAAGCCGAAGCUUCCAAGAAAGGCGCCGGAGGCAACUUAGGCACCGGCGGUGAAGGUGGCGGCAGCAGAGUCACUGGCGGCGGGAUGGCAGGAGCAACUGGGCCUGGGCCUGGGCCAGGCCCAGAUGACUUUGGGCAGAAGGGCAUGGGCUCUGCAGGCUGGGCCAGCAAUGGAUCCACUGUAUACAUCUCCAUAUUAAACAUGUUGAACAUGAGUCUCAAGUUCUUAACGGGCCCCGCGGCCGGCCCGCAACCAUUUGGGCCCUGA